AUGGAGCUGAUGGAUGGUUUGUUAUUAAUACUUGUCCUGAAUAACAGUUGCAUGCGUUGUUAUGUUAGACUUGGCUUAUUUGUUGUCAACUUUUAGAUUCAUGGACCAGACCUUCAAAGGUCCAGGUGUACCAGCUUGGGAAAACAGUAAAUUUCCAGGUCUCUGGUCCAAACCUCCCUACUAAAGGAAAAGUGUACAUUAGCAGCUGCUAUGCUACACCAUCCACAGGCUCUGAAUCCCUAAAAUACACCAUCAUUGACAACUUUGGGUAAGUUUUAUAGUUUAUAAAUGAUCAUAAAAUCUUUCUUGGUGCUGUAUUUUCUAAGAUCGGUGUGUCGUCCUCACAGCUGUAUGAUAGACAGUAAGAGAGACCCAGGAGCCUCUCAGUUCAUCUCCAGGACAGACAAGACCCUUAGGUUCUCCCUAAAGGCUUUUCAGUUCACUUCAGACCCUGACACAGAGGUAAGUUUGAAAUGUAAAUCUGGAUUCACAGGUUUUGGACUGUGAUUUUUGCAGCACUUCAUUUUUAUAGGUCAGCAUCCACUGCAAACUGUUAGUCACAUCUGAAGACCCGAGUGCUGCUCAAAAGUCCUGUACCUACAGGGUGAACAGGUGAGCCAUAAACUGGAAUUCUAGUUCUGAAUGAGACUUUUCUUCUGCUUUUCAAACAUUGUGUGUGUGUGUGUGUGUGUGUGUGCACUUUCCUUCCCAGGUGGGAGGCCUUGACUGGUGAUGACUCUAUAUGUGAAUGCUGUGAUUCACAGUGUGUGACAUCUAAACCAAAGAGGGCUAUGAUCGAAGGUUUGUGGCUUUGCCUCUCUUUUGGCCUUAAUUCAAUUUCACUGACUUUAAAGCAUUUUUAACUCCAUCCCCAUAAAGUUUGGCAUGUUACGUGAUUAAACUUUAACUACAAUGUCACAUGCAACAAUUUUGAGAACUUGAGACAAGGAAUGUUCAAGUAACACAUUCCCUAAUUUGAACAAAACUUCAGCAAACUAGUCUACAAAUUAGACAACACUCAGAAGACUAAAAAAGACCCCCGUCCCUUCACAGCUUCCCAGUCUUGUUGCCGUUGUUUUUUGAGUUUGUUUGUUUAUUUUAUUUUAAAUGUCAUACAAAGGCAUCAGAGUCAGUCCCCCCUGUUUUUAAACCUGUUAAAAAAUUCCCUGUAGUGCCUUUAACAGAAAAUGUAUCAUGACUCAGCACAAUGCCACCAAUUUGACAUUAGUUUACACGUUUUGAUAUCAAAGUAUAUCCAAGAAAAUAAGUCUAUUCUUUUAGUACAAUGUGCACACAUACAAUUUUGAUAGCAUUUAUCCACCUUUUCUAUCCCCACAAAUCAUAUCAGGUUUAAUAUCACUUGAUUAUCUGUAAGAUAUUGUAUUCCUGUUUAUAUUGAUUUAUCCUUACUCAUCAUUGUAUUCAUUUAUUUUCUUCUCAACUCAGUUUUGUCAGCCACUUAAAGUCAAGGAUAUGUAGCUACUAAAAAUGAUUAACUGUAGUCUAACAAUGGCAAAACUGAUUUAUUACUGUUGCUUCACAGCCCCUGUGUGAUGAGCGCACUCAGGUGCCCCAGGAAAUGUAACAUUACUGUGCACAAGAGUUUGUCCCUGAAUAACACUGACACAUUAGCCCGCUGGCAGAAAACGUUAAAACUCCAGCUCUUAGCUAUUUUACUCUUUUACCUGGAAAAGCCCUAGUUUUCAAGUUUCUCCUUGUGAAACAAUGCCUCAUAUGAUUUUUGCUAAUCCUGCAACCAUGAUACCAAACAUGUUGAAGCUGACCUCCCUUGCUUGCUGACUUAAUUACCCACCUCUUUGUGAGUGGCAAAUAUCAAUGUGAUUUUUUUCUGUCAUAAGGAUAGGAACUAGAAUUUAGUCCAAAGAAAAAAAAAGAUUUUGUAGCUGGUAAUCUCAUUUUACCUUGUAGGUUAUGAAGAGUCAUCAGCAUAAGCAUGAGACUUUUCAAAAAAUCAGUUCAGACUUCUCAUAGUGCUUUUAGCUUUGUCCAAACUGCUCUGUCAGAUGGAAAAGUCUGCUCAAAGUUCAUAGGUCAGCCACUUCUGAGACUCUAUGAAUCAGCUGACAACAAAAACAUGCCAAGGCUGUCUAACAAGAUCAUCAUCACUUUUUGUUUGAAACAAUUUUUUGUUCCCAAGUCAUCAAAUUAUACUUUAAGAAGUCUGUACCAGUUCCUCAUUAGCAUUCAUUUUGUCUCCAAGGAAGAAGGCAAAAAAGCCUUUAGAUCUUUGGCUCCUUCCCACUGGAGUAAUUCACCUGAUCAUAUUUGUCUGUUGUCCUCACUUCAUAUAUUUAAAAAAAUAUAUUCUAGAUAUGAAAAUAGGCCCCAGGGCAGGUCAGGUUCCUAUUUUUAUGACCUCCCUGUAUCUCUUUUUAUUCAGGAACGGUCAGCAGUGGGUCAUUGCUGGUCUCAGAUCAGCCAUCCACAACAGAAGAUGAUGUCCUAUCAGCCAGAACCUCCUCAGUCAGCAGGAGCAGAGACGGCCUGGCCAUUAUCAGUCAUUACAUUGAUGAGCUGCACAGUUAUGAAGAUCUGCUGGAAAAAGUGGAUGUAGUGAACUAUGAUGAGGAUGGUCAUGUAUACUUAUAUGAAGAAGAAGAGGAGGAUAGUGAAGUUAUCUCAGAGGAAACUGCUGAAUCUGAUUUAGAUGAGUCAGGUUUUAGGGAGAACGUCUUAGUGGAGAGGAAGGAGGAGCCUGAAGUAAGUGAUGCAAACCUGUUUGAGGAUGAAGGAUCUGGGCAUUUGGAAGGAGAGGUGGUUUCAGAGAGGGAGGAAGAGGAAGAAAGAGAAGAUGGGAUCUCUGACGGACAGAAGGAAGCUGAGGUGUUACGUCAACAGGUGGAGUUGGAGAAAAUGUUACCAUUACAGGCAAACCUGCAGACGGAGUUACAGCAGCCGCCUGUCUCUGAGAAUGAGGAUGACAACAGUAAGCAGUCAGGUGGCGAUGAAGAAGAUAUAGGAACGAUAGCUGCAGAGGUGGAGUGGAAAAGAGAUGAUGAUGAUAAGGAGCAGAUCUGGUAUUUCUCAUGGAGGUAG